GAAUGUUUGGGGUUCUUCUUUUGCUUGGAGCAUAGAAGUGUGCUGUGUAGAAAAUGUGAUGUAAGUGCACAUGAAGGGAACUCACUUCGCGCCAUGCAUCAAAGGAUGUUGCUUUCGGGGAUUGAGGCUCAACUUCACCCAAUCCAAGUGAUCACCCACCCUUCAAAUAUGGGGUCCCACUUUUCUGCUUUGCCUCACUUUUCACAG